CCCGUAGGAAACGGCUAGCAUUUUUCCCCCGGCAGCUAGCGGUGUGUAAAUGGGACAGUUUAUCAUUCCGGUUUAAUGCUUAAAUUCUCUUUUCGUUAUCUGGCACAGAGCAGCGACAUUUGCAAGGGACACCAGGGGAGCAGAUUUUAAAACGGGGCUUGUGUGUGGUAGUAACGGGGGGGGGGUUACCAGAGAAAAAGAAGUUGAAUGGAUCCGAGGGUAGCUUGGAUUCAGCCGGAACAGAAAGGACCUGCGAACGCCUUAUGGAUGCACGUCUGGGAGACCUCUCAGGGAGCACGGACCCUCUCCUCCGCCCAGCACCAGAACUACAACCAGUGUGUGAAAUACGCUGCGUUGGGGGUUUUAAAAAAUGUGGCAUCUAGCAAGAGCAGCAGCAGCCAUCACAGCAUCACUAGCACUGCGAUUUCCUCCCUGGAUUUAAGGCUGUCCAACGACAACUCCACCGCUGAACCAGAGGGGAAAACCUUGCUCCAGAAAAGGGGAAUCUCGUCCACCACGUCGUUGCAGGAGUUCCGCACCCCUUCCAGCUGUGAGAGGACUAUGGGUGGAAAUGUAACAGGCAAUAUUAAUAAUACAAAUAAAAACGUCGGGGGUGCCAAUCUCCUCCUCCACGGCAUGGAUAAUAAUGUCUAUCAGCACCCGGCUUUCCAGCAGCUUUGCAUGAAGCGCCAUCAGGUUCACCCCUCCGUACCUGAAAACCCCACACACAAUCACCAUCCAGGCCGGAGGAAAAGUGACAACAAAGCGAGCACUUAUGGGAUGAAUUACUUGCUUUCAAACUGCACUAAUGGCAAUUAUACGUGCACUUCUUGGACGCCAUGGAAGACGAGGAAGUACAGCCCUGGGGUCCUGGGACUCCACGAGGAGGUGAUUGACUUCUACAACUUCAUGUCUCCUCGCCCAGAGGAAGCAGCUAUGAGGAAGGAGGUGGUGAACCGGAUAGAGAUGGUCAUCAAGGAGCUGUGGCCCACUGCAAAUGUCCAAAUAUUUGGCAGCUUCAGCACAGGGCUGUACCUUCCAACCAGUGACAUUGACCUGGUGGUGUUUGGGAAGUGGGAUCGACCCCCGCUUCAAGACCUGGAACAAGCCCUUCGCAAACAUAAUGUGGCGGAACCUUUCUCCAUUAAAGUGCUGGACAAAGCUACGGUGCCAAUCAUCAAGCUGACAGACCAGGAGACGGAGGUGAAGGUGGACAUCAGCUUCAAUGUGGAGACUGGUGUCAAGGCGGCGAGCUUCAUUAAAGAUUAUGUUAAGAUGUAUCCGGUGCUGCCUUACCUGAUCUUUGUCCUGAAGCAGUUUCUGCUGCAGAGGGAUCUUAACGAAGUCUUCACCGGGGGAAUCAGCUCCUACAGCCUCAUCCUCAUGGUCAUCAGCUUUCUACAGCUCCAUCCACGUAUCGACGCCAGGAACCCCAACGAGAAUUUGGGCGUGUUGCUGAUUGAGUUCUUUGAGUUGUACGGCCGCCAUUUCAACUACUUGAAAACAGGGAUUCGUAUCAAAAAUAGGGGCGGGUACUUGGCCAAAGAGGAGAUCAUGAAGUCCAUGGCAAAUGGAUACAGACCAUCCAUGCUCUGCAUAGAGGACCCGCUGCUCCCAGGUAAUGAUGUGGGGAGGGGCUCCUAUGGUGCCAUGCACGUCAAGCAGGUGUUCGACUACGCCUACAUCGUCCUGAGUCACGCCGUGUCCCCGCUCGCUCGCUCCUAUCCCAACAAAGACUCUGAAAGCACCAUGGGGAGGAUCAUCAGGUUGACCCAGGAAGUGAUCGACUACAGGGAAUGGAUCAUUAAGAAGUGGGGGGGCAGGGAUCUGGUGCGAACAGACAACAGAGUUUCCCCUCCCAAGGAGCCAGAGCCCAGUGGGGGGGUCGGGCUGGAGGAGCAGCAGAGGGACUCGGGGUCUCCCCACAGCGCAGACUCCCCCAUGUCCAUCUCCAGCCCCCAGCAGCACUCCUCGGCCUCCUCCGUCUCCUCACUGUCGGGAUCAGACAACGACUCGGACUCAGCGCUGCCGUGUCCCGUCCCUCCGCCCACCAUGCCACCUUUCCCGUCUUUCCCGCCUCUGGGGCUAGCUCUGCCCCCUUGCCUCAACAUGAAGCACGGCAUGGGGGGGCACCACCUCCUCCUGCAUCCAGGCUCACAGGCUCGCGUCCAGCUGCCCGGGGGUCUAGCAAUGCACUCCAUACCUGGCAGACAGGUGUGUAUAGACACCGGGCUCCCCCCCUUCUUCCACAUGCACCCCCACGCCCACGCUCAUGCCCCCGCCCCCUCCUGCCCCCUGCCUCUGUCCAGCCACAUACACAAGAAUGGUGUCAAGUUCAACGUGAAGGGCUUCCACAACCCUCCGCUGGUCAACAACCCCGUGCUGGUUAACCGCGGACACACACACACUCACUCUCACACACAGUAUCACCGCAACACGUGGCGGCGCAGGAAGAGGGAGAGCCUCCCGGUUAGCCUCAGCAGAUAGAACCCCCCCCCCCCCCCCCCCC